AAUGCGUGUCGCAGUUAUUCUUCUGUUCUUUUUAUCUGUCGCUCUCGCAUGUGACAUCAUUGUUCAUUUGAAAUCGGACACAGACAAGAAAUUCAGCGGACAAAUUGUUGCCAGCAAUGGAAAGAAAUCUGAAAGAUGGAGCUAUUUGAAGAAGCUUCAGAAGAACACCUUCCAACAGAAAGCCGAUGAAUGUGGACUCAAGGAUUGGGAGAUUACUACUUGGGAUGAUGCUGGAAAGCCAGUUGCUACCGUAAAAGUCACUUUGGAUGGAAUUGGAAGAGUCACUUACAAGGUUGGAGAUGAUUUGAAGGCAGUUCAAAAGGAUCGUCAAGGAGCCAUCUGCAAGGGACAAUGUGCUCCUUUGUAAAUGUUUGAAAACUAUUAAUCAAUGAUAAAACUGAUAAAACAUUCAUUUUUCUUUGUCAAUUUUGAUUUCACACGAAAAUUGAUAAACAACUUCUGAGAUA